UCCAGAUUCUUUAGGACUCUCACCCAAAUCUCAGUGCCAGUCGCUAGAUUUUUGGAGAAACAGACUAGGGGAAAAAAAGAAAAAAAUCCAAUGCAUGAACUAUAAUGCAGUUGCAGCUUCUGGUGGGACCCAUCCCCACCGCAAUCGACGGCUCCGGAGCCUUGUCGUCGUCGUCGUCCUCCUCCUCUAUUGCAGGUUUCAAUUCCUCAAUUGGUGCAGCAUGGAGCUGGGCCCAUCAUCAUAACCGCUUAUCCCGCCUUCGUAAUUGGAGUUCAGUCGUGGUAGCGUCAUCGUCAUGGGCGGCCUUCAACGGUGAGCAAGACCACUACGCGUUGCUCGGCCUUGCUCGAAACGCUUCCUCCGCCGAUAUCAAACGAGCUUACCGCCUUCUUGCUCGCAAGUAUCAUCCUGAUGUCAGCAAGCAUUCAAAAGCUAGUGAGCUGUUCAAGAGCAUCCAUCAUGCAUAUGAAAUACUCUCAAAUGAGGUAACAAGGACUCAAUAUGAUCGAGUGCUUAAAUUUCAAGAAGAUGCUGGCAGUUCAUACGGCAGGAAGCAGUAUUACAAUCAUGAAUUUGAAGAUGGGCUGAGAAUCUACAAAUGGGCUGAAUUGAGGAGGAAAAUGCAGCGCGAAAGAUAUUGGGAACAUUAUAAUGCAAGUGAGGAGAACUCUUCUGCUGACAGUGAUACAGAAGAGGUGGCUGAAGAAGGAAACUUGGAUCAAGAAAGAGGCCCCUUUAGUGAUUUGCUUAGAUCUGUCUUCAUAUCUCUGUUUUUACUUCAAAUAUUUGGUUCUCGAUUAUCUCUUGCCUUCAGCAGUCUAUUGGCUUUGUUUGACCGAAGAUUGGAUGCUGGAUAUAAGAUUGGUUAUUUAAUUGCAUGGAUUCUGGGUGGGAGAGGUGGGAUUUUGCUUACCCUAUGUCUUCAGUUUGCAAGUUGGGCUUGCGGAAAGACCAGCAGCAGCGUGGUUGCUCUGAUAGUGGUAGCUAUGUGGGUUGGUUCCAAUCUUGCAAGGUAUGCCCCUCUCCCACAGGGUGCUCUUCUUACACUAUUGUACAUGUCUAUCAAGCUGCAAGCUGACCUAAACUGAAGCUGUUGCUGCUGCUGCUCGUGGUUGUUCAUUAGCAUUUAUAUUGAAUAUUUAUUUUAGAAAUAAUUAUGUGCUUACAACCUCACAUGCACAUAGGGUUAUCAGCUGUUAAAUCAGAUGAACAAACAUGAUCCAGCAACAGAUAUCUUGUGCACUGGUGAGGUCGUGUGUUAAUUUGGCACCCUAUUUGUUUUUCUCUGCAAUCUGUUGUACAUAUUGUGUAAGUGAAUAGAAUAAGAGCAAUUCAAUCUGUUUGUUACAAAAAAGGAAAAAAAAUGUCAAGAAUGUAGAACAAAGAAUUUGUCCUUUUAA